ACAGAAUGGCAUCUUGUCUACACCUGCGGUUUCCUGCAUUAUCAGGAAGAUCAAGGCAGCUGGUGGAAUCAUUCUAACAGCCAGCCACUGCCCUGGAGGACCAGGGGGAGAGUUUGGAGUGAAGUUUAAUGUUGCCAAUGGAGAUAUUGGUGGAGGCUUCAGUGGGAGAUGGCUUCACUGGAGAUAUUGCGAUUGAUGAUCUGUCAUUUAUGGACUGCACCCUCUACCCUGGUAAUUUGUCAGCAGACCUCCCAACUCCACCAGAAACGUCAGUUCCUGUAACAUUACCUCCACACAACUGCACAGACAAUGAAUUUGUCUGCAGGUCUGAUGAUCACUGCAUCGAAAAAAUGCAGAAAUGUGAUUUUAAAUACGACUGCCCUGACAAAUCAGAUGAAGCAUCCUGUGGUAGGUGGAUUCUUAAAAUUUGUUUAAAUAUUGCCACAAAAUAG